AUGGGACUCCUUAAAGAUGUUGAGUCUCAAUACACGACUGAGAAGCAAGUAAUUGAAGAAAUCAUCCAGUUGUUUCCGCAAUUCAAAAUUGAAGACGAGGUUUUACUAAAUUGGGAGGUGGACUUGGUGGAGAGCAUGGACAAAUACGGAAUUGAAGAGGCAAUAGCUAGUAUAGUGCAUUACGAUUCAGAUACUGAAUUGACCUCGUGUGGUUGCAGCAUUGACUCUGUGCUCAAGAUGAUUCUGAAGCAUAUUCAAGAUGGCGACGAAUUCGCAGGUCUAGUUUUAGAGGUGCUAAGCUCGAUAUUGUCUCACAGCUUAGUUGCCAGAAUUGAAAAUCAUGCAAGCAUAGUACUACUCGUUGAUUUGUACAUGAAUAUUUUGAAUAGCAACACCAAAGAUGAGACAGGUGGUACCUUCAAUUCACUAAGAAAGUUGAUUUUGGUGUUGAUGGAGCUGGGAUGCGAUGUGGAAACUUAUCAAAAGCUCGUGUUCCCACUUUAUAAAAGUUCGAAUGCUCAGUUGCGUAUAGAAGUGAUUGACUUUUUGACUCAAAUAUUGGAAAAAUACCCAACUCCUCAUCCGUUCCUCCUAACAAACCAUCAAAUAAACUUCCCAUUUCCCAAUGCCAUCAACAAGUGUUUUUCGGUAUACUGCUGGGUCAGGUUAAGCACAAGGAAUAGUGACAGCAACAACUUUGCUAUUGUGACCUUGUCAAAUUCUGACCUGUUGACCAGUACGAAUUUCGUACUCCGAAUCGUGAAUGGAAAUCAGUUCAUGGUGGAGUUGAGAAAUCCGGGAACCAAAUCUAGAUCUCAAUUCACUUUCAAUCAUAUUAUGAAUGAGAUGAUGGAGGAACCUUUUCAAAUUGCAAUUACCUACGAUCAAAAAACUAACCUCAACUUGUACAUCAAUGGAGAAAUACUCGAAAGCAUACCUUGCGCAGGUCUACACAAAGACAGUGCCUGUUGGAAUAAAAUAUCAAUCGGAGAAACUGAUUGCGGCUUAAUUGUGAGAAACAUAUCUUUACUUAAUGUGAGUUUGUCUGAUGAGGUGAUAGAGUAUUUGUUUUGCUUGGGACUGGGAUCGAACAUACAAGUAGAAAAUUUGAAUGAAGCAUUAUUACCAGGGUUGAAAACUCAACUAUCUCACGCGUCACUAUCCACAUUUGCGAGGAAUUACCUAAGCAAGACCAAAACAGAGAGUAAUUCUGGUCCUCAAAAGACAAAAUUCGUUGGAAAAAGCUCUUAUAAAAAUGGGAAAGGAGAGUCUGACGAUCUUCUGGUAAACUUUUUCCACAGGUUGCUGAAGGGGAUUCUGAGCAGCCCGAUCACUGAGAAGAAUGUUUUGUUCGAUAGCAAUGAUGUGUUCAAUGACAUAAGCCGAAGGGCUUCCUCCCAGAUUGGCAUAGGAACAAAGGUGAUAUUCUGCAACCCCACAUCGGUAUUUCGACAUAUCUAUGUUUUUGGAACGCUCCCUUGGUUGUUGAAAAUUUUGGAGGAUGCAUGUAAACUACAUGACGAGGUGUUGAGAGACACUCUAUUCUUGAAAACACUAUCUUUGCUUUUCAAGCUAUUGAAUGAUGAUUGGAGACUAAGUAAGGAAUUCGAACAAGACAAUGGCUACAACAUAUUGGGGCUUAUCUUAUUUCAGUACAAAAUCGCCAAUCCAAAUUUAACCUUUCAUCUUGACAAAUUUUCUGAGGAAGAUGUUGGCAUAGAAAGCUCUGGCUGUCAUAGCUUGAAUUUGUUGAACAUACUAUUGAAUGCUUGUGGUUUUGACUUUGCUAAUCCAUCGCAGUCAGUAAUCGUCAAUUUUGACUGUUACAGGGUCUUGGUUUUGAAUUUCGACUUGUUCUGGAAGUCAGCUUCGUUUGAGUUUCUUUUGUCACAUGUACACUCGUUGGUCGAGACUUCUCAUUACAAGCAACACAAUUUGUUGCAAAUCAAAAAGACGAAUUUCCUUAAACGCUUGUUUCAUUUUCUCAAGAGCACAAAUGUGAAAGAUGAUUUGUUAUCCCAAAGCUUUGGCAAUAAUUUGCGCCGGUUGAUAUCGACAAUUUUGCCAGCAGAGGCAACUGCAGAAUCAAUUUCUUUGAUGUCCUCAUACAUAGUGUUUACUAUUUACAAUCCUGGAAGCUCCAAAAUCUGUGGGAAUGCCGCAUUGAUGGCCCUCACCGACUUCAUUUGUGACCCCGCCACACCAAUUAAAGCCUUAAAAAAGUUUUCGCGAUCAAUAACCAUACAUUGGAUCAAUCUUUUGUUUAUGAGCGAUUUGGAGCUGGUUGUUUGUUGUGGAGUACGCUUGCUUACUCGGUUGUUGAAGAUUUUAGGUAAACACGUUGUUCACCGGUUCUUUCUGCAAAAUCAUGGACUUGAUAUGCUCUCACUGUCUCUUGAAACUUGGUGGACAAGUAGGAGAGUUUUAAAGUCAUUAUUGCUUGCUUCGUUUGGUGAUUCAAGGUCUCUUGAUCAAGGGCUGUCGUUACCUGCAGAAGGUAUGAUGAAAGAAAUACAAAUUCCGGAGUUCCUCUUAUUGCUCAAUGAGUUGGAAUUGAAUGCAAUGUACACAUUGAGUACGAACUUUGGCAUGGCUGUUGGAAGUAAUCCAUCGACGCCGGUUAAAUCAAGUAUUGAAGAAAUCGCAUCUUUAUCUUUUGAUGUUCUUCAUCUGCUUACCAUGUUUUGUGAUUGGUUAGAGGAGCUAAACAUUUUAUCGAAGAUGGAAAAAAUACCACAGUUCAGUGAUGGCCUAAUUCGUGUUUUGGGCUAUUUGAAGCUAAGUUUAACAUGGUUUUCCGAUGAGGCUACUAAAAGCGGAUUUGCCCAACUUUGCCAGCGUUUACUGGAUUUGUUGACGCAAUUUUACAUUUCAAUUCUUCGGUGCAACAGGUUUUCCUCAGACUUUGACAACCUAAAUGAUCUUAGCAAAUUAGUGUUGUUGAAUUACAUAUUUCCGAAAAUUUUUGCGCAUUUCAAAGAAUUUAUGGCCGUUUCCAACUUCAUCUACGAUGAAGCCGAGUUCUCAAAAAGCCUAGCUACAUUAUUGGUGACGUUUUACCACGAAUUUUCCGGUAGAAACUUCCUUGUUGCAACACAAGACUUACAAGAUCACUUGACCUGCCAAGUGGUACUAUUAGAGAAAAACCAAUCGAAGGAAGUAAAGAAAUUGGAGGCGAUUUCAGCUGAAACAAUAUUUCUACUCAUUCUUCAGAUUGCAUGCGAAUCUGAUUAUGCUUUUGCUUCCAGUGCGGAGCAGUUGACUGUUUUAUUGAAAGAACUUCUUUACAGACAAAUGUCUGUAUUCGACAAAAAUGUUCUUGGGCCCGAUCGACUAGUUCCAAUAAUCAAACUAGUGUUUGGUUUAAUAUUGACAGACGAUGCCGAAGACGGACAUAUAUCGAAAGAAGUGACAUUCAGCUUUUUAAGAGCUGCAUAUCUACGAUGGAUGGACGAAUUCCCCAUGAUAGUACAAAAUUUGAACUUUGAUACGAGCUUGAUGAAUGAGUUUUUCAUGAAUUUGAUGACGAGAGAUGAUAACGAAACCUUGUCAAAGCUUAAAAAAUAUCCUCCGCUUGUCAAAAGCAUUUUGAGGGACUACCUGGCGUUGAAACAAGACCAUCUAAGAACUGAGCGUACAAGGGUAUCGAGUAUUGUUAAAGUUAGUCUUCACAGUGGAGCAAAGUUGGCACAAUCAAAUAGCAUCUAUGUGAAGAGCUUUGAAAAAGAUUGCCAGCAUUUGAAACGGCAAAUAAUGAAGGUAGAGCGAACCAAGUACAAUGGUGCUGCUCAAGACAAGAAGGAGAAUAUGGCCCAGUGCAACCAACAAUAUCAGUCUUUAAAGCGUGAGACAGUGAGGGUAUUUGGCUCUGGGGGGUCUGAAAGUUAUACGCUCGACUAUAUUGAGAACGAUGACAGGAUGCGAUGCAAGCUAGCCAUUGAAGAUCUUUUGUCGGAGUCGGAAAAGCUAAAUUACGAAGUUGAAGUACCUUUGUUGCAAGCCGAUGUUGAAACAGAUCCCAGCUUAGCAACCUUGCCCAACAGUAUUGAUACGAUACAUCUAUCGAACGAGCUUUUACAAAGUUUGUUUGAAGAUCCAAGACUGCUGGACGAACCAAGUUUGACCCAUGGGAAUGGGGAUGACAAAGCUGUAGUUGAUGACAAAAACAGACGUGUUAGCCGGAGCUUGUUCAUUGGUGAUAAAAUUGUGACCAUUUGGAACGUUUGCCAGAUCAACGGUUUGGUUCCUGUUGAAAGUUUGUUGAUUUUAGGAUCAAGCUACUUGUACAUAAUUGAGAAUUAUUUUCACGGUCAAGAUGGAAACAUUGUUGAUGUAAAGGAUGCACCUCGAGACAUGAGAGACCCGAUUAUGCAAUUGGUUAAUUUGCAAUCCAGCAGAGUUGACUUGAGCAAUUCGUCGCAUAGGACAAAAAGUUGGGGAUUGGAUAAAUUGAGUUGUAUAUCAAAACGGCAGUUUUUGCUUCGUGAUAAUGCGCUUGAAAUGUUUUUCAGCGACGGUUCCAACAUUUUGAUAACAUGUUUGACUUCGAAAGAGAGUGGCCAAGUGUACAACAAAUUGUCUCGCUUUGCUACUGGUAAAGAUAUGGAUCCCGAUCUUGUACAAGCUUUGGUUCUGAAUUCAAAUGUCUCACACAAUGAUAGCAUUUCGUCAAAGUUGGUGUCAGCCUUGUCCAAUUCGUCCCUAAACAGCUUUCUUCAUUUGUCUGCGACAAAGAGAUGGAAGAUGGGGGAAAUUUCAAACUUUUACUACCUUAUGAUUAUCAACACUUUAGCGGGAAGGACAUUUAAUGAUUUAACUCAAUACCCAGUUUUUCCUUGGGUAAUUGCCGAUUACACAAGUGAAGAAUUGGACUUGUCAAAUCCCAAAACAUUCAGGGACCUAUCAAAGCCAAUGGGCGCCCAGACACCAGGAAGAGCGAACCAAUUUAGAGAAAGAUUUGAGGCGUUGGAUAGUUUGAACGACCCAGACUCUCCACCUUUCCAUUAUGGAACACAUUAUUCAUCAGCAAUGAUAGUAACGUCUUAUCUAAUUAGGUUGAAACCUUAUGUGCAAUCUUACCUUUUAUUGCAAGGAGGUAAGUUUGAUCACGCCGAUAGGCUUUUUAAUUCGAUUGAGAAAGCGUGGCUUUCUGCAUCACGAGACAAUACGACGGACGUUAGAGAGUUGAUUCCUGAGUUUUACUACUUGCCUGAAUUUUUGGUAAAUUCGAAUAACUUUGAUUUCGGAAAGUUGCAAAAUGGUGACAGUUGCGACAAUGUCAAGUUACCACCGUGGGCCAAAGGUGAUCCAAAAUUAUUUAUUGCAAAGAAUAGAGAAGCUUUGGAGAGUCCGUAUGUUUCUGCAAAUUUGCAUUCGUGGAUUGAUUUGGUGUUUGGGGUUAAGCAAAGUGGACCAGAGGCUAUCGAUUCAUUGAAUGUAUUUCACCACUACUCUUAUAAUGGGGCAAUAGACUUGGAUAACAUUGAAGAUGAUGUACAAAAACGCGCUGUGAUAGGAAUGAUCAACAAUUUUGGCCAAACGCCAGCCAAAGUAUUUCUGAGACCGCAUACUAUGAAAGACGUUUUGAAUUUACCAUCCUAUUAUAUGACUUUGGCGAAUCUUUCGAAAGCGCCAGCUUUGGUAUUUGAGUCAAAACUCAAGGAGCCUAUAGCCAAAUUAGAGCUUAGCUCCCGAAGUUCACGUCGAUGGGUUGGUAGACUCAAAUGCGUUUCCUGUGAAGACGAACUUUUAAUUCGGAAGUCGAAGCAGUCCAAUUUUGCAAACGGAUCUUUGAUUGUCAACGAGACGACGUUUACAAAUAUGCAUUCUUGUGAUAUUGUUUCUUUGUUGCAAAUCGGAUCCAAAAGUUUCUUGACUGGAGCAGCCGAUGGGUUAGUUUCCGUUUGGAAGUAUCAAGUAACACCACAAUCCUCUUUGGAUCACGUUGCUACAUUGAGGGGCCACUUCUGCUCUAUUAAAAGCAUGGAUUACAGCAGAAGCUUCAAAACCGGUAUUAGUGUCGAUAAAGAUGGAGUGGUGAUCUUGUGGGAUUUGAUCCGGUUCAACUGCAUCAAAAAGUUCUCCAGCCAGACUUGUUCGAAAUGUCUUGCUGCCAUCUCAAAUGAUUCGGGAAACAUUGUAAUAGUACGAGGCAACAGCAGUGACGGCGAUCAAGGCUUAUUGAACUUGUACAAUAUUAACGGUGGCGAAUUUCUUUCAAAAACACUAGAUCAAUUUAGUGGUAUAGCUGCCAUAACAUUUGGAACAGCGAAUGCACCUGCAUUAAGUUCCACCAAGUCCAGUACUCACCGAAGUCAUGUGUACUGGUCCAACGAGUUCGUUGGAAUUGCUCGAAGUCACAGUGUUGAAAUAUGGGAAGUGACUCAGAAUUCUCAAAUUGGAUGGAACAUGACUCUUUUACUAGAGAUUCCUAUACAAGACAUUAACGGAGAAAUUACAACGGUCCGUUUAUUGAAGUGCUCGGAAAUCGAUAACGAGGACAGACUUAUACGCGGUACGUUGAAAUUGGUAAUUGGUGAUUCAACAGGGAAGGUUUAUGUCGUAUAG